AACAUAGUUUGGAAAAAAAAACAAAAAGAAAUCCAGAUUUCAUACGGCUCGUAAGAUCUUUUAGAAGAAUCAUGGCCGUCGCUACUGCCUCCGCCGUGUCUCCCGCCGCGAAGAAGAAAACUGCUGGCGCUAAGAAGCCGAAACCCGCUGCGUCUCAUCCUCCGUUUCUUAUUAUGAUAUCGGAAGCAAUCCUUUCGUUAAAAGAAAGAACUGGAUCGAGCCAAUAUGCGGUUGCAAAGUUCAUCGAAGAAAAGUAUAAGCCGUUGCCUCCGAAUUUCCGAAAGGUUUUGCUUGUUCAGUUAAAGAAGUUUGUUGCUUCGGGAAAGCUCGUCAAGGUCAAAGCCUCCUACAAGCUUCCUCCUGCAUCCGCCGUUGUGAAGAAGCCUGCCGCCGCGAAGCCGAAAGAUGCUUCCUCUGCCGUCUUGAAAUCGAAACCGAAGGCAGUCAAAGCCGCGGCAAAACCGAAACCGAAAAGAAAAGUUGCUGCGCCUGUUAAACCGAAGGCUAAAGUUGCGGCGAAACCUAAGGCUAAAGCUAAGAGUGAAGCUGUUGUGAAGCCAACUAUGGCAGCGAAGACGGCCAAAACAAGUACAGCAGCGAAUAAAGUAAAAUCUCCGGCCAAGAAGAAGAUCGUGGUGACAAAGAAGCCGAAGAGUGCGAAAUCGGCGGCUAAGAAAGCGGCGAAAAAGGCGAAGAAAUGAGUAGGAUGUUUAAGAAGUUAGCAGAGUAGUCGUAAUUUUGAUGGUGAAGUAGGGGUAGUUCUGGAAUCGCAGGCUAAUAUAUGUCAAUAUUAUGUUUCUAUUAUAGAUAAAACAGGGUUAUGAGUUUUCCUCC